AUGGUUGCAAUCAAUGGGGCCGACUCCCCUUCGCCUUCCCCCGACGCCACCGUGCUGCAAGUGUCAGUGGUUCAGGGACGGCACUUGCAGCUUGCAGGCGGCGUCCAGGACAAAGGCGGAGCCACGGUGUCGCUCUCUCAGGGAAAGAACCAGGUGAAGACAGUGGCGAAGACGGGAGCGGCGCCCAAGUGGCUUCAGGACUUUAAGAUUCCUCUGGACUACUCGCCCGGUGCCUCCCUGCCGCAGCCAGGCGACGUCAUUCUGCAGAUAGGAAUUGGCUCACCUGACACAGGCGACGAGAUAGCAAUAAGCUCACCUGACACAGGCGACGAGGUGCUGGCCACGUGUGAUGUCGACGUGGCAGAUCAGCUGCAGGGCGGCACAGUGGUGCGCUGGUAUCAAAUCAAGGAUAAGGACGACGCUGGGGUGGUGCCUCCCCCAGCUACCCCAAGCAAGAGCAGCGUCGCCAGUCAACUGAACGGAGAUCAUUCUGCAGCAGCGGUCGUUGCCCAAACCACCCAAUCCACUCAAAUACUCUUAACACUCCCUAACACCCCCCAACACCCCCUUACUCCCCACUAUCCCUCCCUGGCAGGUGGUGCUUCCCCCAGCCACCCCAAGAGCAGCGUCGCCACAGUGUCUGGUGAGGGUGGUACGGCUGUGGUGGGGCGGCUGGAGAGGCGCAGCCACAUCCAGAGCGGGAGAGUCUCGGCGCAGAGCUCUGCUGAAGGCACAGGGGAAUCCUCAGGGGAUUCCUCAGGUGCUGUCGCAGCAGCAGGAGCAGACUCACCUGGUGCUGCUUCUGGGGAUGGGUCACCGUCAACCUCCCAACAACAUCAGUCCUCCUGGUCGGGAGCUUGGCGGUGGGGGGACCGGCAAAACAAGGGCAGCAGCUCAGACAAGGCAAUGGGGUCCUCUGUGGGCUCUUUGUUCCAAGGCAGGGCGCGGAAUAGCGCUGCCCGGCGCGCUGAAGAGGCUGCGAGUCCAAAGCCGCGCAGCAGGGGUGGCAGUGUGGAUUUUCUGGGUAGUCUGGGCCUAACUGGAAUCAGCUCGAGUGCGAGUUCUAGCAGUGGGAGGAGUCUUGGGGGUGCUGAUGAGGGUAGUAGUAGCAUCAGCGCCAUUAGUAGCGGCGGGAGCAGCAGCUUUGGGAGCGAGGACUGGGUACCGCCAAAGCAGAUGCGUAAGGUUAUGUCGAUUAAAAUGGUGAAGAAGGAUUUGCUUAGGCAAGCGGGGAGCAGCCGGGCAGUGGUGACGAGGCUCAGUGGGGGGGUUGGAGGCGGUAUAGGGGAGUUCAGAGCGACGGGAGGGAAGGAGUUGAAACGAUCAGAGGUCAUGCAUGUUAAAGGGGGUUCAGCCAGAGAGGCAGGAGGGGAAGGAGGGGGGAUAGGGGAAACCACUUCGAAAUCUGGAGCAGCAAAGGCAGCAGCAGCAGCAGCAGCAGAAAACGCCGCUACUGCUGAAAGCGCCUCUGCUGCUGGUGGUUGUUCCGAUGCUGCUGCCGCUGCUGCUGCUGCUGCUGCUGCUGCUGCUGCUGCUGCUGCUGCUGCUGCUGCUGCUGCUGCUGCUGCUGCUGCUGCUGCUGAAAACACCACUUCUGCUGGUGCUGAGACGGAAAGCAUCACCAUUACAGAAACUUCAGCAGAAGAAACCAACACCACCAUGAAACCUGGUUCAGAAGCCGCAUCACCAGCUCAUUCAGACGCUCCACAUUUUGAUGCUCGGUCGAAAUCGGGCCCUCUGGAUAAGCUAGGCAUUCCCGAGAGUUGGAGCGGAACAGCACUGAGUGCCACAGGCAGCAGAGCAGCAAGCAGCAUGUCAAAAUCCGGCCCGCUCAGCCUUGCAGGAGAGCCUGUGGGUGUGGGUGGGUCGCCUGGUGGGGGGAGUUCUGAAGGAUCCCCUUGGAGCCAAGGAUCUCCUGGCAGUGGUUUUGGGCUGGAACUGGGGGAAGGGGCAGGGGAAGCGGUAGGAGGAGGGGAAAUGGAAGGGGGAGGGGCAGGGGGAGAGGCAAGGGUAGGGGAAGGGGCAGGUGGGAGGGAAGGGGCAGAGGAAGCGGUAGGAGGAGGGGAAAUGGCAGGGGGAGGGGCAGGGGGAGAGGCAGGGGUAGGGGAAGGGGCAGGGGGGAGGGAGGGGGCAGGGGGAGGGGAAGGGGAAGGAGGAAGGGAAGGGGCAGGGGGUUGGGAAGCAGCAGAGGGAGGGGAAGGGGGAGAUGGAGGGAGGUUGGGCAGCCUUACCGGUGCUUUUAGUACUGGUGCUAGACCUAAGACUGAGUAUGGAACUGAAAGGCUGAGCAUUGCCUAUGGUGCUGACGAGGAAGCCAAUACUUAUAGAGUUGAUGGGCUUACCAUUGCCGCUGGUGCAGUUGCCCAAGGGCUUAGCAUUGCUUCCGGUGCUUUGGCUGAGUCUAAGACCGAGUAUGGAAGUGACGGGCUAAGCAUCGCUUCUGAUGCUGGUGCUGGUGCUGGUGCUGGUGCUGGUGCUGGUGCUGGUGCUGGUGCUGGUGCUGGUGCUGGUGCUGGUGCUGGUGCUGAAGCUAAGACUCAGUAUGCAACUAAAUCUGGUGGCCUCUCUGGUCUCAAGGCUGGUGGGCGGGCAGUGGUUGCUAAUGCAGGGGGGCUGUUUCUGCUGGCGAUUGGGCUUACCAUUGGCAACUCUGCCCUCUCUGCCCUCCCUGCCCUCCCUGCCCUCCCUGCCCCUCUCCUGCUCUCCCUGCCCUCCCUGUCCUCUUUGCCCUCUUCCCCUUCUCCUUCUCCCCUCUGCUCGCAGGUGGAAACAGGCGACACCAUGUGCGCUAUAGCUGACCGAUACUGCGUGCGGGUGGAUGCAAUGAAAGAGGCGAACCAGGAGGGGCUAGUGGAAGAUCCAGAUGUGAUCUUCCCAGGGGACCUCCUCGUCGUGAGACCUGGUGACACCGUGUGUUCAAUUGCUGACAAGUUCUGCCUUCACCCCGACACGGUUAUUGACGCAAACGAGGGGAGGAUGGCGGAGGACCCUGAUAUGAUUUUUCCCGGCGAUAUGAUCUUCAUUCCCAUAUGA